AUGCCUCUCUCUUCGAACAAUCUACAAGCAAUUCUCUGGUGCUUGGAAGAAAAUGGAACAACCAUGCCUGAACUUCUGGUCUCCCUGCUACUCAGCGACGACGCGGCCUCUUGGUCAGCACGCGAUGAUAUCACUCGACACAUAAGCCCCAUAAUGCAUAUCCUUCAUACAGCUCAGGCAACCCGUGCACCUUUGCAGGUGUGGGUGCACGAGACUGUGAAGAGUGUAUAUGUGAAUGAAAUUAUCGCACUCACACAAAUAAAGCCCGGGUUCCACUUUAAUGCACGCCAAGCGACAGAACAGCAAUUAGCUGGAUUCAACUUGGAGAAGCUUUCCGAGACAAUGCUCACCACAGUGCUGCACCUAUGCGAUCUAUUGAGCAACUUGCUCGAUGCCAACCCAGCGCUGAAACAUCGGCGAGAGAGGCAGAGGCCAAAGCGACGCGCGAGGAGGAUGAGAGCGGGAUUGUCGUCAAAUCCAUGGCAAUCAAUGGAGGACGUAGGGGAGUACGACGCGGAUAUGGCAGAGACGGAGACGUGGCCACGCGAGGCCGUGCAAAAUGCUGGUGCGAACGAUGCUGUUGCGAGCGACUCAGACCACGAGUUCUGGGCUGCUUUUCCCGAGCCUGAUCCUGCCCUAGUUGGAGACUAUGACGAUGUUGAGAUGGACGGCAAUCGUCGUUCGGAGGAAGUGAGAGGGGCGGCAGCUGAAGGAGAGGACAGCGAGGAUGAGUACUGGGACAAUGAAUUCAAUGCUUUCUUACCUGAGGAUACUGAGGAUCCAGAGAGCGAGAAGGAUGAGUUUAGUAUGAACGAAAGCAGGAAGCGCGUACUCACAAUGUGCUGCAAUGCGCUACAGGGUGUUAUAGGCAUCUUUCUCCACGCCUGCAAUGCACCUGAGUCGAUCAUCGAGCUCCUCUCGUGCAUAGGAGUCUCUAUCUCGCAAACAGCUAUUCGAGACGCCAUAACGAGCCUGUCGAAAGAGUCAGCCGUCGCCCUCAAACAGCUUGGGCGUACAUUGCUGGCUGGCUUCACAUUCAAUAAUUUUGAUAUCGAGAUCAAGCAAGCUACACCCACCAUAGAGAAGCCUUAUAAUGCGCUACUUCAUUUGACAUCCAGCACCCUUCUGCGACUAGAUCAUGGCGUCUCAUUGAAUGAUUUGCAGUGCUCCGAUGCUUUGUGGCAACAGUCACCGAACAAUCCUGCCAACUUCAAAUUGAACAGCGCGAUUGAUUGGACAGAAUUCGUCAACUUACAUCCUGACGAACCAGAUGUGAUUGGAUUCACUCGGCAUCAGCGCUUCCAUUGUUGGAAGUUCCUGUAUGACUUGGUGCACCACGGACCUGAGUACUUCCGAAGAUUCACUGGUGUGCUGGGCGAUGCAGAGACGGUGGAGGAGAUCCCUUGCGUUCAGUCAAAGCAGGUUCCGGCGAGAGCAAUGGAUAUCAAUCAGUCGACCGUGAAAGGAAAUGCAGACGCACUUUCCAAUCUGUUUGCACAAGGCGGGAUUGGGGAUCCCACGGACAUGCCAGGCUGUCGAGACAUUGGAGACCACGUUAUCUUGGUCCAUGGGGACCUUGCAACCUGUGAGCGUGUUCAGAGCGUUCAACGUUCACGCAGAGAAGAAAAAACACCUUUCAAUCGCUACCAGUCUGUUGUCUUCAUCAUGGGCCUCUUCCACCUCAAGAUGGCAUGCACUGACACGAUAUGGAAGAUCUUCAUACAGCCGAAAGCAGCGCAAGAAGAUGAUACAAGCCUCUUGAGACAGGUCAGGGAGAUCAGAAUCAAAGAGAGCGCCAAGGUCGCCAGUAAACCCGGAUUUCGUCGCAUGCACGAGGUCAUACAGCACGUCAGUAUUGUCUCAUGCCUUGACUGCUGGGCACAGGAGGUCGGUGACGAAAAUCGUGCAAUGGACAGCCUCGAAGCUUGGGCGCAGUCGCGUCCCUCUUGGGAUGAUCUUGUCAGUGUCGCGACAAGACUUGUGACCAAAUAUGUUGCGGGUCCGGAAUUCUCGGAGCUACAGUAUCAGUCGCCAGAAGUUCGUGAUCAGCAGUGGGAGAAUACACUUCUCAGAGAGCAGUACUUCUUGCUCUAUGAGGAGGUAUCUUACACUAUGAAUGCCGGAGAUAUAGGUCACGUCGAGGACUGUUUUCUUCCUUGGAUUUUCAUCUUUAGGGGAUGUGGCAAACACAAACGAGCAAUCCGCAUGAACAUAUUGUGUAAUCCAACCGGCCGGAAGAACACUUUCCGGGCGAUAGACUGGUGGGUUGAGCAUAACAAUCUAUACAUCAAGUCGAACAACUCAUCCACCAUCACGUCGAACAACGCAGUAAACCCGGUUCCCUUGGGACUACCAGCCCUCGCAGGAUCUCCCCUUCUCCAGUACGACCGAGCAGACCGUUGCUUCAUCACCACCACAAGAAGGACUCCCAUCUAUCCUCGAGGCGGCUCCUGGGUUCGCGCAGAAGGUUCCAACCCGCAGAUCGUUGCCCAUCAACAGCUUGUCAGCUAUUACCAGAGACACCCUCCCGCUCACCCAGAAGAUGUAUUCACCAUCCUACGAAUCAACGUCGAACCAGCACAAACAACAGAGAACCUACAGUCACCUGUUAACGAACAACCGUUCGAGCUCCCGGACGUUCAGUACGUUCCCAUCGAGGCUCCAGAACUACCACCAGCUCCACCUGCACCAACCAACGCACCGGUUGAAGUUCCUAUGGCAACGUUCACUCAAGCAGACAUUGAUCAGCGCAUCGCUGUUGCCCUCGCAGCAUACCAAUCCCAACAGUCAACUGCCAACCGACCCCUUCGCCUUGACAUCCCCGCUCCCGAACCUUUCAGCGGAAAGGCGGAGGACCUCAGACGCUUCAUCCAAUGCAUCCUCUCCUACUUCGUCGCCACCAACAACACCAGACUUAGCGAUGAAGCAAAGAUUGCCUUCACUGUAGCGUUGAUGAGGAAGGACCUAGGGAAGACAUGGGCAGACGCAUACUACGAGAAGUCGGCAGGGGGAGUCCAGGUCUAUCCCGAUUGGGCAGCCUUCGCCACUGCCCUUGAGGAAGUGUUUCCCGAGCACGGAACGCGAAUCAAGGCGCACCAAAUCCUGAUGAAGCUGCCCGAACGACAGAAGAACAAGAAGACGGCGCUCUCCCUCGGAAACUACGUCACCCGCUUUGAGCAGCUAGCAUCGAAAGCCCAGCUCAAGGACGCCGAAGUCAAUGGCGUCAACCGCACCGAGAACGACUACCACACUCUCCACGCCAACUUCAUCAAAGGACUUCCGAAGGAGCUCUACGUCUCUCUCGCAACUAGGGUCGCUAGAGACUGA